CGGGGCGACGCGCGGUGGUGGCCGGGCGCUGCGGGCGCGGCGGGGACGCGGCCCGGGAUGCCUGCCCGGGGCGCCCCUCUGGCGCCGCUGCUGCUGCUGUCUCUGCACGGUGUUGCUGUGUCCCUGGAGGUCUCCGAGAGCCCCGGGAGUGUGCAAGUAGCUCGCGGUCAGACAGCAGUCCUGCCUUGUACCUUCACAACCAGCGCUGCCCUUCUUAACCUCAAUGUCAUUUGGAUGGUCAUUCCUCUCGCCAAUGCUAACCAACCCGAGCAGGUCAUUCUGUAUCAGGGUGGGCAGAUGUUUGACGGCGCCCCCAGGUUCCACGGGAGGGUUGGCUUUACAGGCACCAUGCCUGCCACCAAUGUCUCCAUCUUCAUCAACAACACCCAGCUGUCAGACACAGGCACCUACCAGUGUCUGGUCAACAACCUGCCAGACCGAGCAGGCAGGAACAUCGGGGUCACUGGUCUCACAGUUUUAGUUCCUCCUUCUGCUCCACACUGCCAAAUUCAAGGGUCCCAGGACAUAGGCAGUGAUGUCGUCCUUCUCUGCAGCUCAGAGGAAGGCAUUCCUCGACCAACUUACCUUUGGGAGAAAUUAGACAACACCCUCAAACUACCUCCAACAGCUACUCAGGACCAGGUGCAGGGAACCGUCACCAUCCGGAACAUUAGUGCUCUAUCUUCAGGUCUGUACCAAUGUGUGGCUUCUAACGCCAUCGGAACCAGCACCUGUCUUUUGGAUCUCCAGGUUAUUUCCCCCCAACCCAAGAGCUUUGGACUAAUUGCUGGAGCCAUUGGCAGUGGUGCAGUUAUUAUCAUUUUUUGCAUUGCACUAAUUUUAGGAGUAUUUUUUUAUUGGAGAAGCAAAAAUAAAGAGGAGGAGGAGGAAGAAAUUCCCAAUGAAAUAAGAGAGGAUGACCUUCCACCCAAGUGUUCCUCUGCCAAAGCAUUGCACACCGAGGUGUCCUCCUCCGAGAACAACACGCUGACCUCUUCCAACACCUACAACAGCCGGUACUGGAGUAGCAACCCCAAGGCCCGCAGGAACAUGGGGUCGUUCAACCACUUCAGCGACCUGCGCCAGUCCUUCUCUCUGCACUCGGGCACCGCUACCGUGCCGUCCAUCUACGCCAAUGGGACCCAUCUCGCCCCUGUGCCGCAGAAGACUCUGGUGGUCUCGGCCAACAGAGGGUCCUCACCGCAGGUUGUGUCCAGGAGCAACGGUUCAGUCCCCAGGAAGCCUCGGCCCCCCCACGCGCAGACUUACACGGUCAGCCAGGCUGCCCUGGAGCGGAUUGGUGCUGUGCCCGUUAUGGUGCCAGCCCAGAGCCGGGCUGGGUCUCUGGUGUAGACUUUGGGCAGGGAAGAAUCGGUGGGACGCCCCCUCCCCCAGGGGAGUGUGGAGUCGAGGUGUGCUGCCAAAGGAACACUUCAACACUUCUUGGCUAACAAGAACAGCAAAAGGCGGAGGAGGAGGAGGAGGAGGCAAUGCAUUUUCCCGGUCGCCAAGAUGUGUGCAGUGACUAUUCGGUGAAAGACUGGUGUCCCCACUGUGAUGUCCCAGGAUUCUGUCCACAAAGCUGGAUCUCAAAGAUGUGCCAAGCCAAGGGGGGGUGGGGGAAUAGGAAAGCAGAAGAGCCCUUGAAGUUGCAACUGAAGUCCGACAGGCUUGCUCUUUAAUACAUGCCUAACUUGAUAAUAAUUUUCCAAAAGACUCAAGUGCCAGAUGGAGUUUAAAUAAUGAAAUUAUUUUAAAAAGAUAGGUGUCUUUAGGAAAAACAGUGAGCAACCCUGUGAUCUGUUCUGCCUUUCCAAUUCACUCUGUGUCGAGGGCUUGAUGGUUAAUACUGGUCUCAAUAACAAGGCUGGUUCUUGUAUCAUUUUUACACAAAAUUCAAAAGAAAAGGGGGGAGGGAGAAACUUCUUUGAGAAGCCCUUUCAUUUUUAUAUAUUAUCUCUUCCCAAACCAUGAAUUUCAUAUUUGGAAUAUUGCUCUAUGGACAGACUGCCUCUCUUGCCUGUCUCUUUUUCUAGGGCCAGUUGUUGGUCCAUGACAAUUACUGUUCAUUAUUUCCUAAGAAAAUACUUUUAAAAGAAAACUUUUGUAUUAAAAAAUAUAUAUAUAUGCAAGGCAUUGGGCUAAGGACAAAAAGACUGUGGUCAGCGCCCUCCCCCGACCAGGGGUGAUUCAGAGAUUGUUCGCUGACCCUGCAGUAAGGAGAGCAGCUUCUGACGCCUUUCCCACGGGCCAUAGAUAACUCUCUCCGUGUUUGACGAGUGGAGGGUAGUAAGGCUGUUUCAGGGACCACAGGGAUAUUUGUUUUGGUUUGUUUCCCUCCAAUUAUUUCUGUGAAAGAGAUGAGACAGAUAUCUUCAGGUAUGCAUCGGAGGCGGUCUGCCCUAUAUUUGUCACAGCUCAGGGUCGCAAUUUUGCCCAAACGCAUUUUAUACCACUGUAAAGAGACUCCCUUUGUGUUUAAUAACCUGACUCGGUGGCUCUGGCCUUUAUCAGAUACUUUACAGACUCUCGGUUUUGUGCUGUGUAGAUCCGAACUUGUACUGGUAACUUGUCUUGCCUGAAUAAUUCACAUGUUUAGCAACACACAACCGAUUUCUUGCCAGAUUCGUGUUGUAAAUUAUUUAAGAUAUGAUGCCGAUGAAAGAUUGGAUCAGAGAAUCUUUUCUUUGCUGAUGCUUUCUCACUCUCUCUUCACACUAGGCUUCUUGCCCUCUGUUCCUGCAAGCAGAGUCAUGCUUGCAGUCAUACUUGCAGGAGGACAAGUAGCCGCCUGAUUUUCACAUAGAUAAAUAUAUAUAAAUAUAUGUGCAGAUAUAUUUAUAUAUACAGAAACCAUCAGCUGCUUCAUACGCUCUUUUUCUAAGAGGGCUAAGUGCAGAGUCUAACCAAUAUGGCGAAAAGCUGAAUUGACUUUAGCGUUACUUAUUUUUCUCCACUUGAUGGUUCUUGACUUUGUAAAAAUUUAAAUGAAUGUCUAUACUUUUUUAUAAAGAAAAAUGAAAAUACUAUGACACAAAAGAAACUAUCAGAUGUCUAGAAAGCAUUUAUCUUGCGAUUCUUUAUUCUUUCUAAUGAUCUAAAAUUAAAUAAAAUGUAUUCAUAUAAAAAUAAGUUGUCUUUUUCAUAUGCUAAUGAAA